GGAGUAGAUGUACGUCAUGUGACGCCGUUCUCCGUUCGCGCGCCUUCCGCUUUCGGAGCGACGCGGCGCGUACCCCAGGCUUCCACCACAUGCCCUGUGCUUCACCAUUUCAUCUGCUUCCAAUGCACAUUUUCUCGACCUUUCGGAGAGACACGCCUACCUGUGCUGUUGAGUUGCAGUGAAUGCCCUCUGCAGUCAUCGAGUGAGGAGGCGAAGAGCAAAUGACUUGACGCCGUCAGGAUGCCUGGUGUGCAAAGCUAUGUCAAUCGGAGGGCUUCAGAGCAGCCUGAGCCCGAGGAGACCGCCGCGAAUGGCGCUGCCAAACCACCUCACCCCGAUCUCGGGGAUCUCAAAAUGAACACGAAAACCCACCCCGCGGCCAACAAAAGUGAAACUCGAAGCAAAUACCGCCAACCUUCUCAACUGGGCCAGCACGCUGCACUCUAUGGCGCGGACGUAAGCAGCAUCGGCGACACCUCUACGAAUCCCAGUCCAGAUGCUAUCAAGCGUGAGGCGUACGACAAAGUGAAUGGCCAAGUGUCAAAUAAUCACGGUGAGAUGCAUGCCGAUUACAGCGAGGGCGAAUUCACCGACGGACGGCAGCUUGACGAGGAGCCUGAUGAGGACGAAUACGGUACUCUAGCCCAUUUCCAAGCUGAUAUGGACGAGGCCGUCGCUCAACGCCGGCAAGACGGAUUACCGAUCAUAGAAGGUGACUCGUAUCCUCCCACCACAUCUGGACCACCUUCACCGACCGCAUUGGAUCAGUUGAACACGCUACCCGAGCCUCGUGGAUCGAUGUAUCAGCCCACCCGUCAGUUCAAAGCCCAAACCGCCAGCUCCUUGAAAAAUGGACAGGUUCAUCGUCCCGAGGCAGGCCCAGAAGCCGUGACGCCGUUCAAAUUUGGAGCCAACCCAUCUCUACCGAUCCAUACAGGGUCGAAGAAGCAGACGACUGCACCGACGUUUAACCAACACUCCAAGACUACUCCAUCGACGAACGCCGCACAUCGAGACUCUGCCCCGUCGAUGAGUUGCCUUGGAGUCCCCAUGAACGGACAUAUGGCACAAUCUGAUGGCCAAGGUGCAGCAACAACCCAACAGCGCCACAGGGUAGCCGCUCCACAACAUACUACUAAGCAGGCGAAUCACGUCAAUGUUCAACAACCGCAAGCGAUCCCCACUCCUGCCCAGCAGUCGUCCGGGAACAACGCCGACGAAGAAGACGAAGACGAGCUCGACUACGAUGGCGACACGCUACUCACGAUGGACUACGCCGAGCUCAAAGCGCAAUCCUUCGACACCGACCCCAACAACCCCCGCCCCAGUCGCAAGCAAGGGCAAACGCUGGCAAGUCGACUACAAGCAGUAUCUGAAGCUCCACAACAGAAACAGUAUGAUUUCUUCCUCGCACUGCCUCUUGACGAGUGGGAGGAGGCUGGGGACUGGCUUCUGGAACGCUUCGGCGAAGUACUCCACAAAUUCAAGGCGGUUCGGCAGGAGAAGCGCGAGGCUGCGAGGGGAUUUGAAGGGGAGAUUGCGAAGAGGUACGAUGCCGUGGGCAAGAAGCGCAAGCAGACGGAGGCACAAUUGAACGAGAUGCGAGAGAAUGGAAGGGAGCUGUUGCAGGGAACGCCAAAGAGGCCGAAGACGAAGUAGAGCGGUGCAGGAGGUGAGGUGUACGGUUGUCGUGUUGCUGCGUUCUAGCUGGGCGUUACGGUGCUCGAUACCCCCUUUGCUCGGUGGGAAAUGGCUGAAUGUAUGAAAAUUUGCUCGGUGGAGAAUGAAUGGAUGAGACACUUGCUCAGAGGCGAGUACGAAUAAUACCUUACCUGCUCCCAGCCUUAGGCA